UACAAGUCAUAUAAAUCUCCUCAUGGACAGAUUCAUUCUAACUUAUUGCAACAUGAGCUAUCAAAUACUGAUAGAGGGAGUUGUGGAUUUUGACCAGGCAGUAGCAGGAGAUCAUGCAGAAGCAGCUGAAAGUUUUGCCUGUGUUGAUGAUGAUGAUCAUCAGCAGCAGCUAGAACAAAUUUCAAGGAGGAAGAAGAAGAAGAAGAAGGGAAGCAAGAUGAAUACUAGGAGGUUUAGUGAUGAACAGGUUAGGUCACUAGAGUCGAUGUUUGAGUCAGAGACAAAGCUGGAGCCCAGAAAGAAGAUGCAACUAGCAAGAGAACUCGGGCUGCAGCCUCGUCAGGUUGCUAUAUGGUUUCAGAACAGAAGAGCUAGGUGGAAGACAAAACAGAUGGAGCAAAAGUACAAGACUUUGAAAGCUAGUUAUGACAACUUAGCCUCAAGUUAUGAGUCCUUGAAGAAUGAAAGAGAGUCCUUACUUUUACAGUUGCAGACGGUAAGUAAUCAGCUUGGCAACCCUUGUAAGGGGUUGGAAAGAUGUGACAGAGGCAUUGAUGAAGUUCUUCAUGAUGGAAUCACCAACCUUGAGGUUGAAGCGCAGCAAGGACAAGACAACAGUACUAUAAUGGCCAACGUGUGUGAUGAUAUGAGCAUGGGAAAUGGACAUUCUGGUGAUCAAGGACAAGGAUUUCUCUAUACGGGUUCCCCAGAAUACAGUGAUGGGACAUUAGCAUCAGCCUAUGAGAAAUGCUACAGCACUGAUUCAGGGGCCCCGUUUGAUCUAUCAUGGAACAAUUCGUAUUGUUUUAGUUUCAGGAGUUGAUAAAAAUAUAUUUAAAUAAUUUCAAGACAAUUAAAAUUAUUGGAUAUCUGUUUGGUGAA